AUGGCAACCUCUUAUCGCAGACCUCUCCGACCCGGGGUCUAUGUGCCAUUGCCCACGUUCUUCGAUGAUUCCCAAGAUCUUGACUAUGAGACUUACGCCAAGCAUUUACUCAAUAUGACCACUAAGGGAAUGGUAUGUGCUGGUUCCCUAGGCGAGGCAGUUCAUUUGAGCUUCGAGGAAAGGACCGAUCUCAUUCGGUUCAUCAGAGCAACAUUGGACAAAGCAGGUCUUCAAUCAACUCCCAUUGUGGCUGGAGUGGGAGGACUCAGCACACGGGAAACUAUCCUCCUUGCAAAAUCAGCGGCAGAAGCGGGCGCGGAUGCUGGCAUGGUGAUUCUUCCUGCCUAUUAUGCUGCGAGUCUGAACACAGACCCGGAACAAGUCAUCCAAUACUACGUCGAUAUUUGUGCUGCAUCGCCGAUUCCCUUACUUCUGUACAACUUUCCCGCAAAUGCAGGCGGUCAGGAUAUGUCCUCGGAUAUAAUCAACUCAGUGAUAAGGAAAGCAAAUAAUCUCUGCGGUGUAAAAUUGACGUGCGGCGGUAGCAUUGGCAAGCUUAUCCGUCUCAAUGCUGCAGUAUCUGAAGAUUCAACCAUCAACGGCAGUAGAAAAUUCCCCUUUCUUCUACUCGACGGUCUGAUCGCUGAUCUUACCCCGUGGAUGAAAUGUGGUGGUCAUGGAACUGUGAGCGGUAUACCGAAUUUUGCGCCACAUGCUUCUAUGAAGCUCUGGCAUUUGCUGAACAUAUCAUCGCCGUCGAACGAUGAGGUAAAGGAAGCUGCAAGAAUUCAAGCUAUUCUAUCUAGGGCUGAUGCAGCCGCUGUCCCGGGUGGUAUUCGUGCGAUGAAAUACGCUUUGAAUAAAAUACAUGGCUAUGGAGUGGCUCCACGAAAGCCUCUUCUUCCAUUGAAGGAACCUGAUGGGGAAGCAUUUAUGGCAGCCCUUGAUGAGAUGAUUCAACUAGAGAGCUAUAUUCAGCAGGAAACGACCGAGAAUAAGUGA